UCUCAACCCACAUGAAAUAUCAUUACUCUAAAAGGGUCUCAACUUCAAUAUAAAUAGACAUAAAUUAACACCAUUCAAUGUUAUACCAACAGUAGAACCAGCGCUGAAUAUACUCCCGAAUGAUACAGCGAAUGAACUGAGGAAUAAAAUAAUGAACACAUUAUUACAUCAGAAACCUCACAACCCUAACAUAAAUGAAAAUGAGUAUUACGCAUUAAAACAACUGAGAGAGGACAAAACGAUCAUAAUAACGAGAGCAGAUAAAGGUAAUACUACAGUUAUUAUGAAUAAAACAGAGUAUGAGAACAAAGCCAAAGAACAUCUACAAGAGGGUCCAUAUGAACAAAUCAAAGAAGCGAAAAGUAGAACAACUCUUAAUAAACUCAAGGCGCAAACUAGCAAACUCUUACAGUCAUUAAAAGCUAAGCUAGGAUCGUCCUUAUGGUUUAUGUUAUAUCCAAAGAGUUGUAAUCCAUGCAGAUUUUAUGGGCUACCAAAGAUCCACAAGAAUAAUACUCCACUAAGACCAGUGGUAGACUAUACAAAUUCACCGACUUACAAUCUAGCUAAAUAUUUAGCUAAGAUUCUCAAACCAUAUGAAAAGCGGAUUAAUCAUGGAAUUAAAAACUAUGGAAUUCAAGAAUUUAAUUGAUACCAUCGAUAUAGAAGAAGACGAAAUAAUGGCAAGUUUUGAUGUAUCUUCCUUAUUCACUAAUGUACCUAUCAGUCGAGCAAUUGAUAUUAUCAAUGAUUGUUUAGAAUCUGAUUUAGAUUUGAAUUUACGAUGCCCAUUAGAUCCAUCAGAGGUUAUAAAAUGCUUAGAAUUAUGUUUAAGAUCUACCUUAUUCAUAUUUCGAGGUCAACUUUACAGACAGAAAGAGGGUAUAGCAAUGGGCUCACCAGUUUCUCCGAUUGUAGCGAAUUUAUUCAUGCAUUCCCUAGAAACUAGUGCAAUCGCGAAGAGUUUAUGUCCACCAAAGUUAUGGUUAAGGUAUGUAGACGAUAUUUUUAUUAUCAAUAAACGGGAUGGUAUGGAAGAACUAUUUAACAAUACAAACAGCAUUUCUGAAAACAUUAAACUAACUAAGGAAUUAGAAUCAGUUGACCACAAACUAGCAUUUCUAGAUUGUCUGGUUGAACGUCGACACAAUAAUAAGAAGUUAAAAAUAAAUGUUUACAGAAAAUCAACGCAUUCCGAGAGAUACUUGGAUUUUAAUUCAGCCCAUUCACAGAGCACGAAAAUUAAUGUGGUAAAAAAUCUAAUGAACAGAAGCACUAAGAUUGUUACAGACAAGGAAGACCAAAGAACCGAAUUAAAUAAAGUAUUUUCUACUCUUAGGGAUAACAACUACCCAAAAAGGUUUUUAAAAAAGAUUAUUAAAAAUGAAAGAAAAACUAAACUAGAAAGUAUACGAAAAGAAUGGAAGUACACUGUAGUCAUACCUUACCGGAGUGAAACAUCAGAAGAAAUCAAACGGAUUCUAAACAAACAUGAUAUAAGAGUGUAUUUUAGAGCAAAUAACACAUUAAGAUCGACAUUGGUGAAAGUUAAGGACAAGUUAGCAAAGGAAGAACAACAGAACAUUGUGUAUGAGAUUCACUGUCAUGACUGUAAUGCUACCUGUGUUGGAGAAACAUCCAGGCAAUUAAAUGUAAGAUUGAAGGAACACGAACAAUGCUUGAAAAAUGUUCCAAAAUCCUCGGUAGAUUUAAAGAAACUUGAAAAUAAGUCAGCGAUAGCGUUACAUGCGUUAGAAACAGGACACAAGAUUAAUUUUGAAGGGACCAAAAUACUUCAGAAAGGUUUUAACACCCAUAAAGAAAGAUUGACAGCAGAAGCUCUGCAUAUAUGGGCGAACAAGAACAGCCUGAACCGAAAAGAUGGUAUUCAACUAGCAACUACCUGGCAAAUUUCGUUUGACAAGUAAAUUUGGAACCUAUCUCUUGUUUAAACCUGUUUUUAAUAUCACAUGCAUCGUUAUUAUUAUUGAAAGAACUGAAUGAGUUUCUAAACAAUACAAUUUAUGUUUUGACAUGCACAUCGAUCUUUCAUUAUCAAGUUUUUCAUACUUGAACUUUAUUUAUUCCUUCAUAUCAAUCUCUCACACAUGCAUACAUACAUACACACUCGCACACAUACGACUUGUUACUCAGUUACGUAUUUCCAUGUAGUUGAAUUCAUCACAUGAUUUGUAGUCAACUGACUCAUUUUAUCCUAUUUUACAAAAAAU